GCGUUUGUGAAUAACAUUGAUAUUAUAAGCAAACAGGUAGUUGAAUUUUGUGUUUUUUGUGGGUUUUAGUUAUUAGGUAAGGUGAAAAAGAUGGUUAGUUGUAGCAUUUUAGGAUGCAACAGCAUCAGUCAACGAAAGAGUGAUAAUAUUACCUUUCAUCGAACAAACCGGAACUACCGCUCUCUUCGAAUCCGAUUCCAUCAACCAGCACCCAUGAAUCUUUGCCAUGCCAAUGUAGAAAUCAAAUUCAAUCUUUGAGAAGUUCUAUAGCUACUCAAACCAACAAUUAUAAUGCGUGCUCUAGAAAGAUGACAAAAACUCCGGUUAAUCCUCAGUUGGAAAGUCCAGUAGAGACUUCGCCGCGCAAACGAAAAUUACAGUAUAAAUUGCUACAAAAAACAAAUUUAACAAAUAAACAAAAGAAAAAAAUUGCUGUGCUUCGUUCAAAAUCAUGGCGAUUACAAAAAAAGAACGCCAAUCUUUCAUCGGUGAUAGAAGUCUUAAAAGCUGAAUCACUUAUAAAUCAAGAAACUGCUGAUGCAUUAGCAUCAAUAGAUCCCAUAAAUAAGGAUAUUUUGAAAAGAGUAGCAGGCAUUUCGUCGUGCAAAAAAUACUCUCCAGUAUUAAGAAAAUUUGCCUUGACUCUACACUUCAUAAGUCCUAGAGCUUACGACUUCGUGCGAAAAAGUUUUAAUACUUGUUUGCCGCACCCACAGACAUUGACACGCUGGUAUCAAUGCGUCGAUGGAGAACCUGGUUUUACAAAGGAAUCUUUGGAUGCACUUAAGCUCCUAGUAAAAAAUUCUUCAAAACAAUUAUAUGCCGCUCUUUGCUUCGAUGAGAUGGCGAUCCGUAAACAUGUCGAGUGGGACGGAGAAAAUUAUAUUGGUUUUGCUAAUACUGGAAAUAAUGUAGAAAAUGAUGAAUUGCCGAUUGCCAAGGAAGCAUUGACAUUUAUGUUGACCUGCGUCAACGGCACUUGGAAAAUACCAAUAGGUUAUUUUAACAUCAAUAGCAUCACUGCAGAACAAAAGGCUGCUCUUGUCAAACACUGUAUUGACCUUGUAGAAGGCUGUGGCAUCAAUUUAAUAUCUGUAACGUUUGACGGAUGCGCCGCCAAUUUUUCUAUGGCUAAAGUUUUGGGAUGCAAGUUAGAUGGAGAUGCUAAUAAUUUUGAUACUUCAUUUUAUCAUAAUGGAAAAAAAGUUGUUAUAUUUCCAGAUCCUUCCCACAUGAUAAAAUUAGUACGGAAUGCUCUAGGUGACAAAAAUAAAUUAAUUUCUGCUGAGGGUGAGAUAAUAUCCUGGGACUAUGUAAAACGUCUUGUUGAUUUACAAGAAAAUGAAGGCUUUCACCUGGGUAAUAAAUUAUCAAAAAAUCGUAUAAAUUUCCGAAAACAAAUUAUGAAAGUUAAGCUGGCUGUUCAAGUUUUUAGUGAAUCUGUUGCAGAUGCCCUUGAAUUUUGCAGGGACAACUUGAACUUAAAUGAAUUUUCAGAUUGUGGUGGAACAGUUAAAUUUAUCCGAAAUAUCAAUGCCUUAUUUGAUGUGAUGAAUUCUCGAAAUUUAAAAGCGUUUGGAUACAAGCAACCAAUUUCUGAAAAAAAUAUUGAUCAUAUACAAACUUUUUUAAAUGAUCUGUAUGAUUAUAUAAAAAAUUUGAAGUAUGAAGAUAGUCUUAUUUUGUAUUCUCAGAGAAAGACAGGUUUUUUUGGUUUUCUAUUAUGUAUCAAAAGCUUAUUUUCUCUCUAUGAAAAUUACGUCCAACCAAAAAAAAUACAAUUUCUUUGUACAUACAAGCUAAGUCAAGACCACAUAGAAUGUUUUUUUAGUGCCAUCCGAGCAAAGGGUGGUUACAAUAAUAAUCCUACUGCGCGUCAGUUUAAAGCGGCUUAUAAAAGAAUGCUUGUCCACGGAGAGUUAAAACACAUCACAACAGGUAAUUGUGUUGCUUUGAAUGAUAUAAAUAUUUUGACUGCUACACGACCAGAAAUAGCAUUGAAUGCCACUACUAUUGGAAAUCGUUGUAUUGAGUCGGAAACCGCCACUGAAGGAAAUUACUCUACAGUUAUACCAAGUGAUCACGAUUAUGUUAUGGAUCCUACCAUCUUAACUGAAUUUUCACGACAAGUCAUAACUUAUAUAGCGGGAUUCGUUGUUCAUAAAAUGCAGUCAGAAAUAAAAUGUUUUAAGUGUUUAGAUGCUCUUGUUAGUCCGGAGCCAUAUAAAAUCUUACAGUUAAAAAAAGAUAAAGGGGGAUUACAUUAUCCAUCCAAAGAAGUGGUUUUAAUUUGUGAAAUUGCAGAAAAAAUAUACCGAACUAAUAAACCGUUCGGGAAAAAAAAUUCAAUGCACUAUAUUUUGCAGCAAUGUCUUAAAAAAUGUUUACAUUUAAAUUUAUUUUCAGAUGAACACUUCACCGAAAGAGUUAUAUAUAAUCAUUACCCUCUUUUAAUUAAGUGUAUUUCAAAACAUUACUUGAACGCUCGCAUACACUAUGCUACAAAAAAAAUUGUUGAAAGUGGCGAGAAAAUUAGGAAUUUUUACACAAAAUUAAUUAUAUUUAAAGGGCAAUGAGUAUACAGUCAUUCUUUUUACGUGGUAGAGCCAUAUUGCAGCUAUAUUAGUAGUAUAGUUGUCGCACAAAUGAGUGCUCAACCGGGAGAGGAUCAGGCUCUCACAAAAUACCAGCGUAAAAUAGCAGCCUAACACUGUGUUUCGUGUGGUGAGUGUAAAGAACCGGAGACCCUUUUUACUGGAAAAGAGGCAUUCCAUCUUAGUCCUCACGGAUGACAAUGCAUCUGCAUUUUGAUUCUUUAUUGAGGAUAGAUGUGGAUGUCUGUGGGUCACAGUAACCACUUACCAUCAAGUGGACUGUGUGUUGGUUUGUCACCCUAUCCUAUAAAAAAAGGCCACUGCGGGAUACUAUUUAUGAAGAUGUCAACUGUCAUGAAUUAUUUAAAACGUUCGCGUAUAUUCCCUACGCAGGGCACUGAUAAUACUGCUCGCCAUCGUUAGUGUUAUGCUGCUUCCCUAUUAGUUGGUGGGAUGUGGGCUGACCGCUUUCGAAUAUGUAUAACGCCUGUUCAGUUGCCAGAGCCCCGUUUGUUGAUUAACAGGGUGUAUCCCGUGCUGGUGGUGAUGUUAACGUUUUGAGAAUUUGAAGAAAUUGUAGAAAUAAGUAUUUACUUUCAAAUUUUUCUGCUUUUAUUUUUUAUUUUGUUGGUUAUUAUUAUUACAUGCCCAAUAUAUCUAAUUGUAAAUAUAAGUAUUUACUUUCAUAUUAUUUUGUUCUUGUUGACUUUGUGAUUUGUUAAUGUGAUGAAAAAUUUAUAAAUUGUCUUUUGUUUAUUUUUAUGUUAUUGAAUUACAUUUAAUUUAGAAUUGU